AUGAGGUCGACGGACUCCUCGUCGCGGUUCGUGCAGGAGCUGGUGCUGUACGCGGCGAGCGCGGCUCUCAGCUGCCUCGUCCUCUUCGCCGGCCUCCGCCAGCUCGACCCCAACCGCGAGUCCUCCAAGAAGGCGCUCCAGCACAAGAAGGAGAUCGCCAAGCGCCUCGGCAGGCCCCUCAUCUCCACCACCCCCUACGAGGAUGUGAUUGCGUGCGACGUCAUCAACCCCGACGAGAUCGACGUCGAGUUCGAGUCCGUCGGCGGCCUCGACGAGGUCAAGCAGGCGCUCUACGAGCUCGUCAUCCUGCCCCUGCGCCGCCCGGAGCUCUUCGUCUACGGCAAGCUCCUCAGCCCUCAGAAGGGGGUGCUCCUCUACGGCCCGCCCGGGACCGGCAAGACCAUGCUGGCCAAGGCCAUCGCCAAGGAGUCGGGCGCCGUCUUCAUCAACGUCAGGAUAUCCAAUCUCAUGAGCAAGUGGUUCGGCGACGCCCAGAAGCUCGUGUCUGCCGUGUUUAGUCUCGCCAACAAGCUCCAGCCCGCCAUUAUCUUCAUCGACGAGGUUGAUAGUUUCUUGGGACAGCGCCGGAACACAGACCAUGAAGCUUUGACUAAUAUGAAGACAGAGUUCAUGUCUCUAUGGGACGGUUUCACCACCGAUCAGAAUGCUCGUGUGAUGGUGCUUGCUGCUACAAACAGACCUUCUGAGCUAGAUGAGGCCAUCCUCAGGCGCUUCACGCAGAUAUUUGAAAUUGGGGUUCCUUCUCGCAGUGAAAGAAGCAAGAUACUUGAGGUUAUAUUGAAGGGAGAAAAUAUCGAGUCUAACAUUGAUUACGAUUACAUUGCCAGUUUAUGUGAGGGCUUUACUGGGUCAGACAUCCUAGAACUGUGCAAGCAGGCUGCAUUCUAUCCUAUCAGGGAGAUUUUGAACAGCGAGAAAGAUGGGACAAGAGCCAAUAGUCCAAGACCCUUGAGGCAAUCGGACCUGGAGAAAGCUUUGUCAACAUCUAGAAAGGGAAAGAAGGCCGCAAGCAGUGCGGCGUCAGGUCUCCAGUCGCCUGAGUGGAUCCGGCCGUCGGAUCCUGAAGAUGACCAGGUACAGAGCGCAAUCUUUGAGAUAUCUAAGCUGAUGUCUCGAAUAGUUCAGAACAGUCAGUCGGAACCGCAGGAGCCGUCUUCACCUUAA